AGAACGUUAUCCGUGAACCGGGCACCCUCGCUCGGUCAAACGAUUGGACGGAGGCGUGAUUGUUUGGCGAAAGCGGAAGCGUUGGCUUUUGUAGGCAUGGGACAAUGAGCCUGGCAAGCUGCUGUUUCCAUCGCGAGUGGGCUUCUUUUUAGGGUAUUGCUGGGUACACAGAGCCACGGAUAAGGGGAACCAUGGAGGUGCCCUGUUACCUGUCCAAACUGCUGUUUGAGCUCAACGAGCAGCGGAAGCGAGACUUCUUCUGCGAUUGCAGCAUCCUGGUGGAGGGGCGUGUGUUCAAAGCCCACCGCAAUGUGCUGUUUGCUGGAAGCGGCUACUUCCGGGCUCUGCUGGUCCACUACCUGCAGGACAACGGACAGCGCUACAGCACAGCGUCGCUGGACAUCGUGACGGCCGACGCCUUCUCCGUCAUCCUCGACUUCCUCUACUCCGGCCGCUUGGCUCUUAACAGCAACAACGUCAUCGAGGUGAUGUCAGCAGCUAGCUACCUGCAAAUGACCGACUUGGUGAACUUCUGUAAAGAGUACAUCCACUCGUCUUUGGAGAUCUGCAACAAGGAGAAGGAGAGGAGCACGCAGAAAGAAAAGCAGGCGGACGACGGAGCGAUCGGACCUGCAGACAGCGGAACUCCGUCCGCGACCGUAUCAGGUGGCGCGGGCGUAAGAGGGCCUGGCGCAGAGGCUGCAGAGGCAGAUGGAGGGUCAAGUUUAGGUCCUGAGGCAAGGAUCUCAACAAGUACCCCCUUGUCUACUGCUGCCGCCACCCCUGCAGGCUCCAGUAGAAACAUGGACAGUGCUUACUCGUCUAGGGAGGGCUUUACGUCUGGGAGUGAAGAACAAAAGGGUCACAUGGAUCAGACUAAUCUCUCAUCCGCCUCAUCCACAGCCUUGACUCCGGAGUUGGUAAACCCUAAAAUAGAGUACGACCCUGAUGAGGAACUCGUAGAGUCCCCCGACACCAAAGACCUUGCGCCGUAUCCUGGGUCCUCCCUACAUGGCACACACCACAGCAGGUUACUUCUCCAAAGUCCCUCAGCCUCCAACGAGCGCUCCCCUUUAGGCUACAGCCCUUCGUUUAAUGCCCGGCAGCUGAUGGAGAUUCUGUCCAGAGGAGAAGGCCCCCGAGGGCCCAGUCUUUUAGGGGACCGAGCGGGCCAGUGCUUCACCCAAGGAAUGGCCAGCAGCACAGGAGGCAGCAGAAUGGAUGAAGGUUUAGGCUUUGUUGGGACGUCCAUAAUGGAGAUCCAGUCUGAUUGGCUUGGCGAGGACACGGGUGAUGGCUUGGUAGUGCCAGUGAAGCUCCACAAGUGCCCUUUCUGUCCAUACACUGCCAAGCAGAAAGGAAUCAUGAAGAGACACAUCCGCUGCCACACCGGAGAGAGGCCCUUCCCCUGUCCCAUGUGCGGCAAGAGGUUCACACGGCAGGAGCAUCUCCGCACCCACGCCCUUAGUGUCCACAGGCACUACUGGCCCGUUUCGUGCAAGAGCUGCAGGCGAACGUUCACCGGGUCGGGCGUGUCCCCGGGAUUGAGGCGCUUCGGCAUCUGCGACAGCUGCAACUGUGUGACCACCACGCAUGAAGACGCGGCGCCCGUUGACCCCUCGAGCCAGGCCGAGCCCAUGGUGCGCGCGGACGGGACCGCAGACUGGUCCAGCUUUAUGGACGACGUGGACGAGGUGGAGGUCGGCAGAGUGGAAGACUUGGUGGAGAAACAGAUCCUGGAAAGGCAGCUGGCCGAGUGCUCUGAUGUCAGUCACACACUGUGAAUUUCCCAUCCGCUAGUGACAAAACGGGGGGCCCCCGCUCCCUUACAGCAUCACUGCAAGGUUAUUUAUUUAGUCACUCAUCUGUGUCCGGAAUAUCCCGUCCAAAGCUGCCUUUCAUCUUGUGCCAGUGAUUUGUCGGCAGCAGGGAACCUGUGCAGCGUUUGUCCAUUCAUACGUAGAUGGAACUUUGAAUUUAAAACAGGCCAGCAGAAAGUAUUCACACGAAAACCUACAUAAGAUGGCCCACAAUGACGGAGAAAACCAUGUUCUCAGAUGUUUUUCUCAUUUUAUGAAAAAGUUAAAAUAUAAAAGAAACGUAAAGGUAUAGUGGACGAUCUCUAUUCGGCUUCCAGUUCCAUGAGGAUCACCUUAUCCAUUAGUUGUCUCACCUGCAGAUCACUGCGACGUGUUCGUCUAACGCUAAUGUGCCUGCUCGUUUUUUUUGCUAGUUCCCUCUUGCUGCCAUGCGCACUACUAGUGUUUAUGUAUCCAGUUAGUUUUGGUUUCAGACGUUUAUUGUAGCUCCACAACUCUCAUCGUAUACUUUGCCUGGUAGUUGCAAGAGGCAAACUGUCUUACAAGUUUAUGAGAGAAAGAGGAAGGAAGAAAUGAGACCAGAGUGUAUUUGGGAGAUCUUUUUCACGCGAUCCCCCUGAAGAGUGGAAGGUAAGACGGUCUUCCACAUGCGCAGUUACUCAAAAAGGGACUCGGGCGUUUCUUACCUACUUUUCAG